AUGGAGGCAAGAGAGGAGAGUGCCAAGGAUAAAGAUGAAAAGCUAGAGGAAAACGAGCAUCCGAUGGAUAUUGAUGAAGAAAAAAUGGAGGCAGAACAGGAGGUGAUAGAGGCGGAGCUUGAGAAGGUGGAUGCAGUUGUUGGAAGAGGGGAGCAAAAUGAUGAACGGAUGGAAGACAAGAACAAUCAAGAUGAGCAAAAAGAUGAGGAGGUGCUAGAUGCCGAUAUUAGAUCUGAAAGUUCUGUUUCUGUUUCAGAUGAAGAGGAAGAAUAUCUUUCCGGACAUGAUGAUGAGUUGGAUCGUGAGAAACCUCUGAGUGAGGAAGAAAUAGACGAGUUAAUUUCAGAUCUUGUGGGAGUAGAGAGUAAGGCUGCAGAAGCUCAGGAAGCACUUGAAAAGGAGUCUCUUACUAAAGUAGAGAGUGAAGUUAGGGAGGAAUUAGCACAGACACUCCACGGUGAUGAGCUUGAGAAAGCCGUAGCGGCCGAAAUGAUGACUUUUAAAGACGAAUGGGAGGCAACUCUAGAUGAGCUUGAAAUCGAAAGUGCAAACUUGUUGGAGCAACUUGAUGGUGCUGGAAUCGAACUUCCAAAAUUGUACGAAAUGAUCGAACGUCAAGCCCCUAGUGGUUGCUACACUGAAGCUUGGAAACAAAGAGCGCACUGGGUUGGGACUCAAGCAACAAAAGAAACUGUGGAAUCAUUGGCUAACGCAGAGAAUUUUCUUCACACUCACCGGCCUGUUCGAAAACGACAUGGAAAACUUUUGGAGGAGGGAGCUAGUGGGUUUCUGGAGAAAAAGCUUGCUGAUGAUGCUGUUAAAAAGUGUAUUGCUGGAACAUCUGAGAUUGACUGGCCGUCUCUCAACAAAGUUUUUUCGGAAAAAAGGGACGACGCUAUUUCCUUUGGUAGUAAACAUUGGGCUUCUGUUUACUUGGCAAGCACUCCACAACAAGCUGCAGCCAUGGGAUUAGAAUUUCCGGGAGUCAAUGAGGUCGAGGAAAUUGAAGAGAUUGAUCCAAGCUUGGCAGACCCUUUUCUUGCUGAUGCAAUAGAAAAUGAAAGAGAACUUGCCCUUACUGAAGAACAAAAGAAAAAUUAUACAAGGGUCAAAGAAGAGGAUGAUAUAAAUAUUGAUCGUGAACUUCAACUUCGUUUGAAACGGAAGAGGCGCAAUAAAAGAUCUAAACAGGUUAUCAGGCCCGCGGCAGAGAAUAUGGAUGAUGAUUCUUUGUAUUUGGAUGGGAAUUUUAAAGACCAAGUUAAAAGCCCGGAGACUAGCACUCAGUUUCAUAAUAAUGAAGUCAACAAAGAGGAAAACGGGAGUUUGUCUAAUACAGAUGUAGAUAAGAUGGUACCCAUCACAGAUUUAAACGCAGAUACCAUCAGGGAUGACCCACAGAAUCCAGCAAGCAAUUUUAGGUGUACUGCCUGUAAUAACGUAGCUGUGGAAGUGCAUAGUCAUCCUCUUUUAGAAGUAAUAGUUUGCAUGGAUUGCAAACGUUUAAUUGAAGACAGAGUUGCUAAGGUUGAUGACUCUUUGGAAAGUCACUGUGAGUGGUGUGGUCACAUUGCUGACUUAAUAAAUUGUAGGUCAUGCGAAAGAUUUUUCUGUGCAUCAUGCAUAAAGAGGAAUAUUGGUGAAGAAUACUUGUCUGAAGUUCAAUCUUAUGGUUGGGAUUGUUGUUGUUGCGCUCCAAUUCCCUUGCAAAGAUUGACACUGGAACUGGAGAAAGCCUUGGGAGUUAAGAAAUCAAUAGAGUCCAGCUCUGAUUCCAGCUCUGAUUCCAGCUCUGAUUCUAGCUCUGAUUCCAGCUCUGAUAACAACUCCGUUGAUACAGAUGCUGAUGACAACGUACCAAUAAGCUCGAAGAAGAAAUCGAAAAAGAGAAUUCGGCGGAUAAUUGAUGAUGCUGAACUAGGGAAAGAUACGAGAAGAAAAAUCGCAAUUGAGAAGGAACGACAGGAGCGCCUUAAGUCCUUGCAGUUUUCUGCCAGAUACAAAACAAGCUCUAUGGGAGACGUGAAAACUAUUCCACAAGGUGCGGAAAUUGAGGUUCUUGGUGAUGCUCACAGUGGUUACAUAGUGAAUGUGGCUAGGGAGAUUGGUGAAGAAGCUGUGAGAGUUCCUCGUAGCACAUCUGCCAAGCUGAAAGUCCAUCAGGUUACAGGGAUUAGAUUUAUGUGGGAAAAUAUUAUUCAGUCUAUCAGCAGAGUGAAGUCUGGUGAUAAAGGUCUUGGGUGCAUUCUAGCACAUACAAUGGGCCUGGGGAAAACUUUUCAGGUUAUAGCAUUCCUGUACACCGCAAUGAGAUGUGUUGAUUUGGGGUUGAAAACUGCUCUUAUUGUGACUCCUGUUAAUGUGUUGCACAAUUGGCGAAGUGAGUUUAUGAAGUGGAUGCCUGCAGAAGUGAAACCACUUCGCAUUUUCAUGCUUGAAGAUGUCUCAAGGGAGAGGAGAUUGGACUUGCUAACGAAAUGGCGAAAUAAGGGUGGAGUCUUCUUGAUGGGAUAUGCCGCUUUCAGAAAUCUUUCUUUUGGGAGGGGGGUGAAGGAUUUAAAUGCGGCCAGAGAUAUCUGUAAUGCCUUGAGGGAUGGACCUGAUAUACUUGUUUGCGACGAGGCUCACAUUAUCAAGAACACCAGGGCUGACACAACACAAGCAUUGAAGCAAGUUAAAUGCCAGAGAAGAAUUGCCUUAACCGGGUCACCCCUUCAAAACAAUCUCAUGGAAUAUUAUUGUAUGGUUGAUUUUGUACGAGAAGGAUUCCUGGGAAGUAGCCCUGAGUUUAGAAAUCGCUUCCAGAAUCCAAUAGAAAACGGACAGCAUAUGAAUUCAACUGCGGAGGACGUUAAAAUUAUGAACCAGAGAUCACACAUCCUGUAUGAGCAAUUGAAAGGAUUUGUGCAAAGAAUGGAUAUGAACGUUGUGAAAAAGGAUCUGCCACCUAAAACAGUCUUCGUAAUAUCUGUCAAGCUAUCGCCCUUGCAGCGGAAACUGUAUAAGAGAUUUCUUAAGCUGUAUGGGUUCAGCGAUGGAAGAACAGAUGAAAAGAUGAGAAAGAACUUUUUUGCUGCUUACCAGGUCUUGGCUCAGAUUUUGAAUCAUCCAGGGAUUCCGCAAUUAAGAAGAGAAGAUAGCAAAUACGGGCGCCGUGGUAGCAUUGUUGAUAUCCCAGAUGACUGUUCAAGUGAUGAAAAUAUAGACUGCAACAUGGUUGUGGGAGAGAAAGAGAGAAGUAUGAGUGAUUUGCAAGAUAAAGUUGAUGGCUACCUCCAGAAGGAUUGGUGGGUCGACUUACUUCACAAAAGUAAUUAUAAGGUGUCGAACUAUAGUGGCAAAAUGAUUUUGCUGUUGGAUAUUUUAUCCAUGUGUGCUGAUGUGGGUGAUAAGGCGCUCGUGUUUAGCCAGAGUAUCCCGACAUUGGAUCUCAUAGAACUUUAUCUUUCGAGAGUACCUCGUCAUGGGAAAAAAGGAAAGUUCUGGAAAAAAGGAAAAGACUGGUAUAGAAUUGAUGGAAAAACCGAAAGUUCAGAACGCCAGAAGUUGGUUGAUAAGUUCAACGAGCCUGAAAACAAAAGGGUGAAAUGCACUCUAAUCUCAACCAGAGCGGGAUCCCUUGGAAUUAAUCUUUAUGCUGCUAACCGUGUGAUCAUCGUUGAUGGUUCAUGGAAUCCAACCUACGAUCUUCAAGCUAUAUAUCGAGCUUGGAGGUAUGGCCAAAAGAAGCCAGUAUAUGCGUACAGGUUGAUGGCACUUGGAACUAUUGAAGAAAAAAUUUACAAACGACAGGUGACCAAGGAGGGGCUCGCUGCGAGAGUGGUGGACAGACAACAAGUGCACAGGACUAUCUCCAAAGAAGAGAUGUUACAUCUUUUUGAAUUUGAGGAUGAUGAUGAUGAAAAAUCUGACGCCGUAACUGAGACAAGCAAGCAAAAAGAAGCGGCAGAUAGCCCAAACACAAGAGUCGUGAUGGAGAAGAAUUCACAGAAAGACAAGGCCACUUCAUCUCGUGUCGGUUACUGCUCUGACAAAUUGAUGGAGAAGUUACUACAGAGACAUAACCCCGAAUGGAUUUCGAGCUUCCAUGAGCACGAGACACUGCUACAAGAGAAUGAAGAAGAAAGAUUGACAAAGGAAGAAAAAGACAUGGCCUGGGAAGUAUUCAGGAGAGGGCUUGCGUGGGAAGAAGUUCAGAGGGUUUCACUCAGCGAAGCUCCAGUGCUCCAAAAACCUUCGCCGUCCGCACAGGUAGACCCACUACGCCAUCCAAGGAGUUGGAACAGAAGUCGUUUUGCACCAAACCGCAACUGCACUAGGACCGCGCAUCAGCUUACACUCAUAAGCCAAGGAAUAAGAGUCGGUAGGAGCACGGUCUGCGGGGAGUGUGGGCGCGUCGUUAGGUGGGAAGACGUUGUACCUCCAUCCCAAUUUUCAGAGGUUAACCAAAUGAAAGGGAUUAGUACCAGUUGA